AUGGAUGGAGGAAAACAGGCGGGACUUCCCCCUGCGUGGGCGUCCUUUGUGCGGGACGGCAGCCCCGGGGAUGCGUCCGAGCUAGGAGCCAGGUCCAGGAUGGAGGUCAUGUCUGUCUGGGCCACAGGCUUCCUGAUGAUCCAGAUGCUGCUGCUUGUGGCUGGGGAACAAGGCACACAGGACACUGAGAAGGGGCUCCACAUGCAGAAGGUGGGGUCAGGGUCGGUGCGGGCCGCCCUGGCUGAGCUAGUAGCCUUGCCCUGCUUUUUCACCCUGUGGCCCCGGCUGGGCAUGACCCGAGAUGCCCCUCGGAUCAAGUGGACCAAGGUGCGGACAGCGUCGGGCCAACGGCAGGACGUGCCCAUACUGGUGGCCAAGGACAACGUGGUGCGGGUGGCCAAAGACUGGCAGGGACGUGUGUCACUGCCCACAUACCCCUGGCACCGCGCCAAUGCCACGAUGCUGCUGGGGCCACUGAGGGCCAGUGACUCAGGGCUGUACCGCUGCCAGGUGGUUCGGGGCAUUGAGGAUGAGCAGGAUCUGGUGCCCCUGGAAGUGACAGGUGUUGUGUUCCAUUACCGGGCGGCCCGGGACCGCUAUGCACUGACCUUUGCUGAGGCCCAGGAAGCCUGCCGUCUCAGUUCAGCCACUAUCGCAGCCCCACGGCACCUGCAGGCUGCCUUCGAGGAUGGCUUUGACAAUUGUGAUGCUGGCUGGCUCUCUGAUCGUACUGUUCGGUAUCCUAUCACCCAGUCUCGUCCUGGUUGCUAUGGCGACCGGAGCAGCCUUCCAGGAGUGCGGAGCUAUGGGCGGAGAGACCCACAGGAACUCUAUGAUGUCUACUGCUUUGCCCGUGAGCUGGGGGGCGAGGUCUUCUAUGUGGGUCCAGCCCGCCGCCUGACCCUAGCUGGAGCACGUGCUCAGUGCCGCCGCCAGGGUGCCAUGCUAGCCUCAGUGGGGCAGCUGCACCUGGCCUGGCAUGAAGGCCUGGAUCAAUGUGACCCAGGCUGGCUAGCAGAUGGCAGUGUGCGCUACCCGAUCCAGACGCCGCGUAGACGCUGUGGGGGCCUGGCACCGGGCGUGCGUACUGUCUACCGCUUUGCCAACCGCACUGGCUUCCCUGCGCCUGCUGCGCGCUUCGACGCCUACUGCUUCCGAGCCCACCACCCCACACCACAACAUGGAGAUGCAGAGACCCCGUCGUCUGGGGACGAGGGGGAGAUUCUGUCAGCAGAGGGGCCCACGGCCGGAGAACUGGAGCCCAGCCUGGGAAAAGAGAAGCCAGUCACCCCUGACUUCCAGGAGUCUCUGGUGUCCAGUGGGGAGGAAGAGCCCCUUAUCUUAUCCAAGAAGCAGGAGUCCCCAAAGACCCCCAGCCCUUCCCCUAGGGCCCCCACUCUGGCCUGGGCCUCCAUAGCCUCCCUAGAGGCUGAGGAGGUGUGGCUGAGCACCGUGGGGCCCAGCCCCAGCAGCAAGGAGGGCACUGCAGAGGGAUCUCACACUGAGCCCUCCCUGGCCAGCCCCACGCCUAGGAGGAGGGGGCGCUUCAAAGGGCUGAAUGGGCGCCACUUCCAGCAGCAGGAGCUGGAGCAAGGGCUGGAUGGAGAGCUGGAGGCUAGCAUCCUACCCCCGACACUGGAAGCCACAGAGAACCACGUGGAGCCUCCCAUGGCCACGGGAGUCACCGAGGCCUCAGCCGACCCAAGCCCCUGGGACAUCCUGACCAAUGAGGUGGACAGACCUGGAGCUUAUUCCCCUGGUGGCAGGAGUUCCCCAGAGCCCUGGCUGUGGCUCCCGACUGUAUUCCCACCCAGUACCCCAGGCUCUAGCAGGGCCCCUGGCCUGGAGCUCCAGGAAGAUGAAGGCCUCAGCAUGAGGCCAGUUACCUCUACCCAGCCCUGGCCCCCCUCAGAGGCCCCUAUCCUGGCUCUCGGCCCCAGUACCAGCCCCCAGGAUGCCUCCUCCAUGGCUACCUCCCUGGACCUCCCUGUCAUGGCCAUGCUGCGUGCUGGUAAUCCAUGGCCCCAAGCAUCCCCUACACCUAUCUCCUCUGAGGGCCAUGGGGCUGAAGGGCAUAGCAAGGCCACAGCUGCUUCCCCACCUUCCCCUGACUCAGAAACUGAGGCCAGCCCCCAGGGCUUCAGCAACCCAGAGGUGUCUCAUCUGCUCCCCUCCUUAAGCCCCCCAAGACAGAGUGGAGAGGCCACAUCCCUGAUUCUCAGCAUCAUCCCUAACUCCACCAGCACCGAUGCUAGAGAAGUUGGAGGAACCAGCCCUGCUCAGCUGAGCAAACUCGAACACCCCAGCCCCAGCCCAUGGACUUCCAUAAGCAAGGAUGUAGAAGCUGUAUUCACUCCCUCUGAGACUCCCUCUGAGACCCCCACUGGGCCCACGAGAACUGGAGAUGUCUUAGGGUCUGAGUCUGGCAUCUUUGAUCUGUCAGCCACUGCAGACGAGAUGGACAGCAGCGGGCUGCACCUCCACCCCUUGGAUGUGCCCUCAGGGACCCCUGGAGUCUCCUUGGUGCCUGGAGUACCCUCGUUUGACAGAGCAGGAAACCUGAGUUUGAAGUCUCAGGAUGCUGUGGAUGGGGGAACCACAGAGGGCCCCACAGAUGCCAGUGGAAUUUGGGGACCUGGAUCCCGUGUGGCUGAGGGAAUUGAAAGCUCUGCCUUGAGCCCACUGGUGACUGUGGAUACAAGAGUGGUGACUUCACUCAUGUCCCUGGAACCAGAGGAAAAGCUUGAGGUCCUUGCCAUAUCCACAUUGGCCUCCCCAAGCUUCCAACCCUACGCAGAGCCAGAGGGCCAGGCAGGGACACUGGGGACCUCAGCCCCUCCGAGGGAAGACAGCCCCUUGUGGACGCCAACUGCAGCCAGCAUGGACAAGGCAGCCUCCAUUGCCUCAGGGGAGCCAACCACCCUAUGGGAGUACCCUGGAACCCUGCUGCCUGCAUCCCUGGGCCCUGAGGAGUUGGAUCUGGAGGUCGUGGCAGAGGGCCUAGGUGUGGAGGGCCCCUGGGAGGAGGCAGCGAGUGGAGAGGAGCCAGCCCUGCUGGGGACCUUCACCAAGGGGAGCUUGGAGGAGGACCCCUCUGACCCCUGCGAGAACAACCCAUGCCUGCACGGAGGAACCUGUAUGGCCAACGGCACCAUGUAUGGCUGUAGCUGUGAUCAAGGCUUCGCUGGGGAGAACUGCGAGAUUGACAUUGAUGACUGCAUCUGCAGCCCCUGUGAGAAUGGAGGCACGUGCAUUGAUGAGGUCAACGGCUUUGUCUGCCUUUGUCUCCCCAGCUACGGGGGCAGCCUGUGUGAGAAAGACACAGAGGGCUGUGACCGUGGCUGGCACAAGUUUCAGGGCCACUGCUACCGCUAUUUUGCCCAUCGGCGGGCAUGGGAGGAUGCCGAGAGGGACUGCCGCCGCCGAGCCGGCCACCUGACCAGCAUCCACUCGCCUGAGGAACACGCCUUCAUUAACAGCUUCGGACAUGAAAACACAUGGAUUGGCCUGAAUGAUAGGAUCGUAGAGAGAGACUUCCAGUGGACAGACAACUCGGGGCUGCAAUAUGAGAACUGGAGAGAGAACCAGCCAGACAAUUUCUUCGCGGGUGGGGAGGACUGUGUGGUGAUGGUGGCACACGAGAGCGGACGCUGGAAUGAUGUUCCCUGCAACUAUAACCUCCCUUACGUCUGUAAGAAGGGCACAGUGCUGUGUGGGCCCCCUCCAGCAGUAGAGAAUGCCUCACUCAUUGGUGCCCACAAGGCCAAGUACAACGUUCAUGCUACUGUCCGCUACCAAUGCGAUGAAGGUUUUGCCCAGCACCAUGUGGCCACCAUCCGGUGCCGGAGCAACGGCAAGUGGGAUAGGCCCCAGAUCAUCUGUACCAAACCCAGACGGUACCAUCGGAUGCGGAGACACCACCACCACCACCAACACCACCACCAACAUCACCACCACAAACAGCGCAAGGAGCGCAGAAAACACAAGAAACACCCCGUGGAGGACUGGGAGAAGGAGGAAGGGAAUUUCUGCUGA